CCAUUUUGUCUCCAGUGUCUCGUUUGCCGUCGGCUGUGUUGGGAGCGUUUUCUGGUUGCUCGGGUGCCAGCGGAGACUCGAAGCCUUUUGUCCGUGCCGGGCUCCCCCUCCGCGUCCCAGGCGCUCCGGACCUGUCCCGGAGCCCCGGCCAGAGCCGCAGCGGCGCUCGUCCAUCCCCUCUCCCUCCCUCCCUCCCUUCGUGGCGUUCUUCCCUCCCCGGGACCCCGGAGGGACCCGCGCCCCGUCACGGUCACGCCCCUCCGCUCCCGCCCCGCGCGCCCCCGACGUGUGUGAGUGAGUGUGUGCCCGCGCCCCCCGGACUCAAGCGGUGUCCCAUAGAUGGCCAGCUUUCCCCCGAGGGUCAACGAGAAAGAGAUCGUGAGAUCCCGCACCAUAGGAGAACUUCUGGCCCCAGCAGCUCCUUUUGACAAGAAAUGUGGCCAUGAAAACUGGACGGUCGCCUUUGCUCCUGAUGGUUCUUACUUUGCUUGGUCUCAGGGACAUCGCACAGUGAAGCUAGUUCCCUGGUCCCAGUGCCUCAAGAAUUUCCUCUUGCAUGGCACCAAGAACGUCACUAAUUUGAGUAACUCAAGACUUUCAAGACAAAACAGUGACGGCUUUUCGAGGAACAAGCCUUGUGAGCACGUCAUAGACUGUGGGGACAUUGUGUGGAGCCUCGCCUUUGGAUCCUCAGUCCCAGAAAAGCAGAGCCGAUGUGUGAAUAUCGAAUGGCACCGAUUCAAGUUCGGUCAGGACCAGCUCCUCCUGGCCACUGGCUUAAGCAAUGGACGCAUCAAAAUAUGGGAUGUCUACACAGGAAAACUCCUCCUUAACCUGAUGGAUCAUACAGAAGUGGUUAGAGAUUUAACUUUUGCUCCAGACGGAAGCCUGAUCCUAGUGUCAGCUUCAAGAGACAAAACUCUACGAGUGUGGGAUCUGAAGGAUGACGGAAACAUGAUGAAGGUCUUGAGGGGACACCAGAACUGGGUCUACAGCUGUUCCUUCUCCCCAGACUCUUCCAUGCUGUGUUCAGUUGGAGCCAGUAAAGCAGUUUUCCUUUGGAACAUGGAUAAAUACACCAUGAUACGGAAAUUAGAAGGACAUCACAAUGAUGUUGUAGCUUGUGAGUUCUCUCCUGAUGGAGCAUUACUGGCUACUGCAUCUCAUGAUACUCGGGUGUAUGUCUGGGAUCCACAUAUUGGAUCAAUUCUGAUGGAAUUUGGGCACCUGUUUCCCCCUCCUACGCCCAUAUUUGCUGGGGGAGCAAAUGAUGGAUGGGUGCGAGCUUUGUCUUUCAGUCACGAUGGACUGCAUAUUGCCAGUCUUGCUGAUGACAAGAUGGUGAGGUUCUGGAGGAUCGAUGAGGACCACCCCGUCCAGGUGGCGACUUUGAGCAACGGUCUGUGCUGCGCCUUCUCUACUGAUGGCAGCGUUUUAGCUGCAGGGACAAGCGAUGGCAGUGUGUAUUUUUGGGCCACUCCAAAGCAAGUCCCGAGUCUGCAACAUUUGUGUCGCAUGGCAGUUCGGAGAGUGAUGCCCACCUAUGAAGUCCAAAAGCUGCCCGUCCCUCCCAAGCUGCUGGAGUUUCUUUGCUACCAGAUGUAGAAAGUUCUGAGACUACCCCCACGAUUGGGAACUGACAGAAUCUACCUUUAUAGACUUCCAGCAUCUGUGCUUAUGGGCUUAGAAGAUCUAUUUAAGUUGGAUGCAUUCUUGUACUUCAUUUUCAGGUGGAGCUUUUACAAUGUUAUUUAUAGACUAUUUCUGAAGAUAUCAAACUGAAAGGGUUUUUUAGCUCUAACUGUGAAAACAUGUACAUAUUUAGACAUAAGCUGCUAGAUGUCACAUGUAUUUUCUUCUUUGCUUUUCCUAGUUUUGUCAUGUAUAUAUUGAUUCUGUAGCACUCACAGUGUGUAUCUUUCCUAUGAAAUGGAAGGAAUUCUUAUUCUGGGACACCAAGUUAGAUGGCCAAUGUUGACUUAAGAAAGGUAAAAUUGUCCCCAUACAAAUAUCUAUUGGUUGGGGGGUUGGUCAAACUUCUGACCUGCAGGUGACAUUUUUUGUUUUCCUUAGGAAUGGCAUCUAAGAGGUAAAGUUUGAAUGUGAUGUAUUAAUAUAGAACAGAGCCAAGGAAUAUAUAACUAGUAAACAGGUAAUUUUCUUGUCUAAAUGCAACUGCAGGCCUUAAUUUUGGAGUGCAACUCGUUACUUUUAACCCCCACAGUCUAAUGUAUUUUAAUUGGUUUGAAAAUUUCAUCUACUGUACUAUUGCUUUAUGUUUGUUUUUUUUCUAUAAUAUUGGGAUGUUUUUGUCUUUUUUUAAAGAUCCUGGUUUUUGUUUCUGACUGCCGUAUUAUUUCUUCAGGGGGUGAUAAUUGGUAAAUUGCCAAAGAGAAGCAAUGUUUGCUUUUGCCUUCUGUUAUUUAUCUGUACCUGCAGAUAUUAAAAAUGUACGCAUUACAUAAAAUGCCUGAUUAUAUAUUUUUGUUGAAUAUUUUUAUUAAAGACUUGUACAAAAUCCA